GAUCAAGCAGCAUUUGGAAUUGAUAAAAAAUCAUUCAAUAUUGAUUCUGUCCACUUGACAGAACAAUCUAAAAAUGCUUCUGAAGGAUCUUCUAGGAACCGAUACUGGUGGACUGAAAAGUAAAUUCAUCAAAACUGUAGUGAGAGGUAUUCUAAAUGAGUGUUUGGAUCAGCUUUAUAUCCUGAGAAACAUAAAUGUACCAAAUGACAUAAAUUUCAGUGAAGAGGUGGUGGAAUAUGUGACUGUUCCAGAAAGGUACCUGGGAGUGGAAAAUCACGCCAACUUUCGUCUGGAUUCUUGCAGCAAUAAUUACGAAAAAUUAGCAAAUGAUAUAAACAUAUUAAUAAAUAUGAUAAAAGAAGCAAAUGACGAGAUAACAUUUGGCGGCACAUUCAGGGGUUUAAUUGAGUGUAUCAAAGCUAUACGAUGCAUGGAAGAGGAUGACGAACAGGUACUGAAAGAUAAAAAAGAAAACGACGAGCAAAUUGAUUUGCUUAGAAACCAAUGCGAGGAGGAAAGGCUCUACAAUAUAAGAACCAUAGAAGAGACGAAUGCCAAAAUCCAGAAACUUAGAUUUGAGGUUGAAGACGUGACAGUAUACGGGCGGUAUGAAAUAUCAUACUUUGAAAACUGGGAGAGAGCUAGACAGGAACAAAACAUAAUGUCAUGUGAAGACAAAGAAAAUGUUCACAAUUUCGUUAUAAUGGAUAUGAGGAAUAAAAUCGAACUAGAAAAUAGAUGCCAUUUGGAAUUCAUGAAUUACAUAGAAGAAAGCAAAAACGAUUUGUCUGAGCAGAUUCAGUAUUGGAUUAAACAUUACGAUGAAGAGAUUGAACGACGAGAAACAGAAAUGAUGAAUCUCAAAUCCGAUUUGGAAAAAAUCACAGAUUCUCACGCAACUCUCAAAAAAACUUACGAAACUCGCAAGGCAGAAAUUGAGGAUUGGUUGGAGUAUAAACGACUGAAAAAAGAGAAGGAAGAUCGUAUACAAAUGGAACAACGGGCUGCAAGGAAAAUACAGGCUUGGUGGCGAAGCGUCAUGUUUCGAAAGAAGUUAGGUCCAUAUAAGAAGACGAAGGCAAAAGGCAAAGACAAGAAGGGAGAUAAAAAGAAAAAGAAAUGAUCACUGACUACUUCAAUAUCAUUAAAUCAUUCCAGCCUCAA